UUGAUUGGCUACGCCCAGGCGCGAAAUGUAACGCGGGAAAACCUGAGGCUCGGCCUGGGCUGUAGGCGCGGAGGGGUCGCGGCGGCUCCUCCUCGGGCAUCGCCGGGACCGGGGCUACCGGAGGGGUCGGCGCCGCUUCGGAAAGGUGCGAGGACGCUGCGGCUGCUUCAUCCCGGCCGUUGCUAUGGCUGGGGGCUGCCGUUGACUUUGCGGAUCCGUUCGGGGGUGGCCGCGGAAGGGGAAGGGAAGGCACUGAGACCCCGCCGGGAGCCGCCGUCCCCGGCGAUGAGCGGCUGAGGCAGGCCCGAGCGGAGACAGGUGGCGGCGGUUUGCAGUACCUCCGUGCCGCUCCACAUCCCCCAUCCCGGGAGCCGGGCUCGAACAAGGGGCUAAGCCGCCGCGGAGCGCCCCCGCGCCCUCACCCCCUUCACAGCGCCGGUGCCCGCGGGGGUCGGCGAUGGCAGAGCGGCUGGCACCGGGCCUUCCGCUGAUUUUUUGUCAGGACUCCCCAAAGCGCGUCCUGGUUUCCGUUAUCAAAACCACCCCAAUCAAACCCUCCUCGCGGGGGGGCGGCGAGGAGCCAUCUGCCGCCCCGCCCAUCCCCACCAGCCCCGGCUUCAGCGACUUCAUGGUCUACCCCUGGCGCUGGGGCGAGAACGCCCACAACGUGACCCUCAGCCCCGGCAGCACCACCGCCCCCUCGGCCCUCCCGCCGGCCCGCGGAGGAGCGGGCAGACCCCAGGCUGGGGAUGAGGAGGAGGCGGCGAGCCCGGACGGUGGCGGCAGGGACCGGCACCUGAAGGAUGGAAUACGGCGUGGCCGGCCGAGAGCGGACACCGUCCGUGACCUGAUCAGCGAAGGAGAGCACUCUUCCAGUAGGAUACGCUGCAAUAUCUGCAACAGGGUCUUUCCACGAGAGAAAUCACUGCAGGCCCACAAACGAACUCACACCGGUGAAAGGCCUUACUUGUGUGACUAUCCAGACUGUGGGAAAGCCUUUGUUCAGAGUGGGCAGCUCAAAACUCACCAGCGUCUCCACACAGGGGAGAAACCUUUCGUCUGCUCAGAGAAUGGCUGUUUAAGCAGAUUCACGCAUGCAAAUCGCCAUUGCCCCAAACAUCCAUAUGCCCGACUGAAGAGGGAAGAGUUCACAGACGAGCUGAACAAGAAGCAGACAGCUGACAAUAAAGCUGUGGCUGAGUGGCUAGCAAAAUACUGGGAGAGUAGAGAACAGCGUGCUCCUGCUUUGAAAACUAAAACAAUACAGAAAACAGAUCAGGAACAGCAGGACCCAAUGGAAUAUCUUCAGUCCGAUGAAGAGGAUGAUGAAGAGAAGAACAGCGCUCAUUCAGCUGCUCGCCGCCGCCUCCAGGAACAGCGUGAACGCAUGCACGGCGCACUGGCUCUCAUCGAGCUUGCAAACCUUGCUGUGGCGCCGCUUCGACAGUAGAUAGAAACAGAGUCUGCCUAUACAAAAUGUACUUCCUGGUGGUACUUAAACCAGUUAGAUCAUGGGCAUAAGCUAAGCACCUUAUUUGCUUAUCAUAGGCUGCUAUUCUGUAGAAUUUAUGAAGAAUGUUGUUGCCCCAUAACGUGGGGUGAGAGAAUUGCACUUUUUGUAAGGUAAAAGACGGAUGUAAAGUUUCUAAGUAUUUGUAAAUAUAGGACUGCAUAAUGCAGGGUUGACAAAGUUAUGUGUUGUGGGAAGCUAGAUUUUGCAAGGUUAAUUCAUUUAUUUGAAGCAGUUUUCAGAGGAAGCACUUUCUGAACAAAGUGUUCGCGAUUAAUAGAAUGGUACAUGUGGCCAAAGAAGGCUGACAAAAGUAUUUAUCUGACUAUUUAAGCAAAUUUAUAUUAAGUUGUAGGUCUGAAGAUGUUAAGCAGCAAUGAAACAGUGUGUUUCUGAUGUCAGUUUAUCUUUACCUAGUAACACUGAAGUGGAAGGCAAAGUUUAGUUAAACACAACUUGUAGAGAGGAAGAAACUGCUUCAUGUAAGGAAAAAAAGAUUGUUCAGGAUCUUCGCUGUGACUGCUCAAGGUAUGAGGCUUGACUUUGCUGUUUUAUGUUUUCUGAUUUGAUUUCAGCAGAGAAUCUCUUGGUAGCACUUGUUAUUCCUAACGUGAUGUUAGGAGCUUUUGCACAUUGUUUGGUUUAUCUGAAAAUGAUUAGUCUUGCAAAGUCUAGACAAAGGAAAACAAUUGGUGAUAUUUUUUUCAGAUAUUUUUGGACCCUGUAGUGAUUUGGCACUUGAUUUUGUUAAUAAAGGCGGUAUUUACAGGGUGGUAUUGAUUCGUAGUAAACUAUUCUAGAUCUCCUAUUAGCAAACACUAAGUUUUAAAGUAUUGCUUUUAUAUGAUUACUAGCAAAUAGAAGCCUCCGUACUUUCUGCGCAUAAAGCCACCUUACUGCUUUACUUCAGGAUAACAUGCCAAUUUUGUGUUCACUAACUGUAGUACAGCUAUCAAUUAAACACUGCAGAAAAGUAUUCACUAUACAACUAGAAAAUAGGCUUCCAAAGAUAGCGUGUUAACAUGUGUGAUUUCAUAUAUUUCCCAAAUAAAUGAAGUUACAGAAUGCUGCCUAGUACUCAGAUGCUCAUAUAAAAUGUUUAGGAGGAUAUGUUGUCACUUUGUUAUAUACUUUCAAAUAGUAUUGACUCAUGGUGAUCUUUUUCGGUAAUUUGCUUUGAAGGCAGCCAGAGUCCUAAUGUGCUAACGAAACCUUAUUUUAAAAUCGGACUUCAUGAUGUGUGUUUUGGUUUGUGUUGGUUUUGGUUUUAUUUUUAUUUUUUUAAGCUACUGCUUUAGGGGAUAUUAAUAAUUCAUAUUUACUGACCUACUUGCUUUAACUCAUUCCUUGUAUUGAAGGUCAGGAAAUUCAGGUGAGAAGGGAAGCCACUUUCCCUCUCGCUUAAACAAGAGGAAGAAAUAAUUUUAUCAAUCGCUUGGUAUAGACUGACCAGGGCAUUCAGCUGUUCCAGAAAAGCAGCGUGAUUUUACACCAGAAACUACAGCUAUUGGAUUAUGUUCUCUGAUAAUCCGUUGGUUGGAAAUCUCAUUAACCCAGUUUGUUCAAAUCAUGAUUGAUGCACUUACCUAAAUAGUAACUGAGUAAUAAAAAAAAAAAAAUCAUUUUCAUUGAAUGUAAAUAACUCUGUACCAGUUAUACGGUUUACCUUUUCCUUACAGCUCCCAAACUGACGUGGAGCUUAUUUGUUCCUGUUUAGGCUUAAAAAAGCCUAAACUUUCAGGCUUAGGAAACACUCCAGUUGUUCUAGGCUUCUUAAUCUAGGUAAAACUGGUAAUUAGUGUUAAGUUUGGAGUUUCUCAAAUAAGUUACAUGUUUUCGACUGUUCAGUUGGCUGUAUGCAUAUAGUCUGAUCCCAAAAUGAGCCCUGAGCAUAAAUCUGUUGUGCUUCUGAGUCAUAACUCAGAAUUGCUCCUGAGUAAUAUUUCACAGGGCACAAGACUGUGUAAUUACCAGCCAGUUGCAGAGCAGAGUCAACUUCAUUUGGAUUUUUUUUUUAAUACUUUUCUUUUUUUCCCAGUCGGCUGUAACGCUUUGGGCAACUGGCAGAAUAUUUGUGCAAGUAUGACAAGCACACUGAAUUUUACUUUGCUGUAGACAAAAAUGAGACAGCUGAAGCAGUUUUGUGUUGUAAGAAGUUUUGAAUAAAAUACCAAGUUAAAAAAAAAAAAUGACUGACUUUUUUGUUCUUUAAAGAAGUUAUUACAUACAGAAGAUCUUGAAGUGUUCAGUGCUUUGAAAGAUUAAGUUGUAGUUUGGCAUGACUUAACAGCAGGAGAGUGGAUGUGCUGCCAUUUAACAGAUGCUUUGAAUAAAAUCUUGGUUUAAAUUUUGAA